UUCGCAAGGAUUCCUGGGUAGGGGAGUUCAGUGGAGUGCAUCAAUUCCUGACUGAAGGCUUCCGUAAAUAUUUGGUUUAUACGUUACGUUACACUGCAACUAAGUUGAAUUUUGCAACUCAAAAAUAUUUAGUAGUGCGUUAGUUUUCACCUUCGCACAGAUGGUGCAACCGGCCCCAGGUCUCAACCUGGCAGCAACCACAACAAGCCUUCAUUUCAUAUGAGAGUAGGCAAUACUCUAUGUCUUUAAAAAACUGAUAAAUUACAUUACUGACAUUUAUUAAAUUGAAUCCCACAUUGGUCGGGACAUUUAACUGAAAGAUUGCGUGGCGGCUUGAUGAUUUCAUGUUUUCAGCAACGUGCCCACAGACACUUUCUCUUUCACUUUCUUGCGUGAUUACAGAGAGAACUGAACACUCGAUAUGGCUUCCUGCAGCAGUCUCCUGACUGAAGACCUUAAGUGUUCUGUCUGUCUGGAAGUGUUCACUGAUCCAGUUACAACUCCAUGUGGACACAACUUCUGCAAGAACUGCCUGAAAACCAGCUGGGAAAACACAGAACAUUACAAGUGCCCGCUUUGCAAAGAAACUUUCCAUAGAAAACCUAAUCUCAAAAUCAACACAUCAUUUAGGGAUAUUGCAGAGCAGUUUAAAAAGAUUACAUGUGAUUCUAUAAAAGAAAAAGUCAGAUGUGAUGUUUGUAAACACAGAAAAGCCAUAAAAUCGUGUCUAGAUUGUUGUGGAACUUUCUGUGACAUUCAUCUGGAGCCACAUUUCUCCAUACCAGUGCUCAAGAAACACAAACUGAUAAACCCGGUUGAGAAUCUUCAGGAUUAUAUUUGCCAGAAACACGAAAGACCUCUAGAGAUGUUCUGUAAAGAUGAUCAAACCUAUCUGUGUCUGCUCUGUGCAAGAGACCAUAUCCAACACAACACUGUUCCUAUAGAGCAAAAAACUGGAGACAGAAAGAAUCAGCUCAGGAGUACACAAGACAAGUUACAAAAGAUGAUUCAGAGUAGAACAAAGAAGAUUCAAGAGAUCACACACUCACUCGAAAUCAGAAAAGGGAACACAGAAAAGGAGAUAGCAGAUUGUGUUGAGCUUUUCACCUCUAUGAUUCACUCAAUUGAGCGAUGUCAGUCUGAACUGCUUGAUCUAAUGGAACAGAAGCAGAAAGCAGCAGAGGAUCACGCCGAAGAUCUCAUAAAAGAGCUGGAGCAGGAGAUCACUGAACUAAAGAGGAGAGACUCUGAGCUGGAGCAUCUCUCGAACACUGAGAAUCAUCUCCACUUGCAACAGAUAUACCCAUCCCUGUGCAGUCCUUUAAACAGCAGGAACUGGACUCAGAUCAGUUUUAACACUCAUCAAAGCAUGAAGACUCUGUGGAAAGCUCUGGCUCAACUCCAGGAGACUCUAAAUGAGAAACUGAGUGAAACAGUUCUAAAGGGGAUGCAGCAAUAUGCAGUGGACAUAAAUCUGGAUCCUGAAACAGCCCAUCCUGAACUCAUCUUGUCUCCUGAUGGAAAACAAGUGAGACAUGAAAACAUAAAGCUGAAUCUGCCUGACAACCCACAGAGGUUUGACGACUGUCUAAGCAUCCUGGGAAAAGAGGGAUUCUCCACCGGCAGAUUUUAUUAUGAGGUGCAUGUAACAGGAAAGACAAAGUGGAAUUUAGGAGUCGUGAGAGAGUCCAUUAACAGGAAAGGGGAUGUCAUUAUGAGUCCUGAGAAUGGAUACUGGGUUCUGUGCCUGAGAGAUGGAGGGGAUUAUUGGGUGGUUGCUCAUCCCUCCGUCUUCCUUUCUCUGAGAGUGAAGCCCCAGAAGGUCGGUGUGUUUGUGGAUUAUGAGGAGGGUCUGGUGUCCUUUUAUGAUGUAGAGUCCAGGUCUCAUAUCUACCUUUACACUGGUCAGUCUUUCUCAGAUAAGCUGCUUCCAUAUUUCUGUCCAUGUAAUAAUGAUGAAGGGACAAAUUUUCCUCCACUGAUUAUUUCUCCUAUUAAACACAUUAAAUAAAUCCAGAAUAGACUAGAAUGUGAUGAGGUAGCUAAAGACAUACAUACAAUUUUAAUAUUUUAUCAGUAAUGUUUGUUCAUGUUUGUGCUUGAAGACUUGUAUUGUGCAGCAUUUCACUGCCAUGUUUUUAGUCAAUUUAAUGUUUAUUUCAAUUACGACUUUUAAAGUGCACAUAUUUUAAAUGUUGGCUUGUUUCUCUUGGUUUAUGGAGAUCUAAUUCUGGUAUCUGGUAUUCUGCUGGUAUGUGGUAUUGUUGUGUAGUUCUACUAAUGCUGUGCCCUGUAAUAAUAUUUAAAAAAAAUCUCAGUUUUGUUCUAUUUUCAUUCUAUGAAUAUACAGGUAAAAGGUGCAAAAUGUUGUUUUAUCAGGACUGAAAUGUGAUUACACUCAAAUUGACAAAUAAAUACAGAAACACA